AUGCCGCUCCAGACUCCGCGUAAAGGCAGACAGCAACAACCAGGACACGAAAAGCAGCAAGAAUUUUCGGUUCAAUUUCUCACGAGGCCGCAACCGUUGUACGAGAUCAUCAGGGAGAAAAAGCAGUCUGCGCUGGACCGCCGCUUUAGCGAGCUCAAGUCGCAUUAUGAGAACCUAUACGAAACGCUUCACAUCAGCGAGGCACGACACCGAAAUCGUUUGAUCGGGAAGUACUCGUCGCUGGAACUUGCACAAGUAGUGGAGCGUCGCAAGUUGCCUGAAAUCGGGGUGAUAAGAGAACAACAGGUUGACGAGUAUGAGCUCCCGCUGUUUCAGGAGUUGUGCUGUAAGACGAGCGUGCGGUGCAAGAGCUGUCGUGAGAUUCUGGUGCAACCGAGUUCCGAACCCUCGUCGAGCUCUUUCGAGACGCUUUCUAUGGCAAUAAGCAGAUUGCCGGUUCUUGAGUGCAUUGGUUCGACUUUGGUGAUAACCAAUCCGAGCGCGGAGUCGAUGGAAAUCCAGCUACGUUUGAUAGAUAGCGGGAAUUUGACAUUACACGAAACAGAGUUGUAUUUGGGCGCUCGUCCAGAGUGCAAGAAACCCGAGGAGAAACACCAGUAUUGCUGA